AACACCGAGGGAGGGGCAAGUUACAAAACAUUUCUUCCAUGUGGCGCCAAUGACUCUCCUCUAUAGUUGUUAGAAGCACCGCAGCUGUUUACUGUGAGGUGCACUGCUGUCAAUUUAUUGACUUCUCCGGAACAGAUAUUCACAAUUAUUAUCGCAAGGACACCAAUAAUGGCGACACGACGGGUGAAACGUGAAGCGGUUGUUCAGGAAAUGACUCCUGUGAAGCUAGAGGAAACAAUCCGGCGGUCAUCUCGGACAGUUCUGGCACCUAAACGCCUCCAAUACUCUCCCGGAGACAGCACAGCUAAAACAGCCCAGAAGAAAAGGAAAACAGAAACCCUCGUCGAGGAAAUCGGUCAGAAUAAAAGACAAAUUAAGGAUGAGGAGGAUGUUGAAAACAGUGAUGUGGACCUUGCAUCUGAUGGACAUGGAGGACUUUCUGCCUAUGAACUGGAGCGGCUGGAGAACAUCAGACAGAACCAAGCAUUUCUCUCCUCCAUCAACCUUUUCCAGGCAACUGAGGAGUUCAAGCAGCUGACAAAACCAAAGGCAUCGCAGAGGGGUCUGAGGUCACAGGCUGCUGUAAAACAAGUGCUGCCACCUCGCAAAUCUCUGCGUCUCCAAAAUAAAGAGGCAGAAGUCUUGACACUUCCUGCUGAACCCAGAGGGACACUUAUCUUUGAAGAGACUACUCGAGCCAAGAAGCCCCCUGGCCCUCUGCCAAUGGAAGCAAUUAACAUGGAUGAAAACAAGCUGCCUUCAGAACUUCUUAAGCUCUGCUCUGAGGACUCAACAGAAGACAGAAAAAUGAAGGUUGAUCUCAAAGAGUACCGCUCUGCACUUAAGAAAAUGAACAUAACGGAAGCCAAAGUAGCCAAAGUGGUGAAGGAUCGCAUCUUCUCUGCAGCCUUCCACCCAUGCACCAGCAGCCUGUUGAUGGCCACAGGAGACAAGUGGGGGAAAGUGGGUCUCUGGAAGCUGGGCAGUGAUUGUGAUGAUGGUGUGCUGCUCUUUGAGCCCCACACUCGUCCGGUGGGUUGCAUGGCGUUCUCCCAGGCUCAUCCCACCCAGCUGCUGAGCCUCAGCUAUGAUGGAUCUCUGCGCUGCAUGGAUAUAGAGAAGGCUGUUUUUGAUGAUGUGUAUGAUAUUGAAGAUGGUCUGAAAACCUUUGACUUCAUGUCACAUGACUGUUCGAUACUAGUGGUUGGGAACUGGUAUGGAGAAGUUGCAAUCGUUGAUAGGCGCAGCCCAGGAAACUCCCAUGAUUCCCUCCAUACAGUGGACACAAAGGUUGUGCGCUGUGUUAGUGUCCCUUUACAGAAGCAGUACUUUGCAGUGGCGGAAGCAAUGAGUAUUUUUGACAGCCGGUGCCUGAAGAAGACAAAAAGUCAGGCAGUCUCCCAGCUACUCGGCCACUCUUUAAGCAUAUCCAGCGCUUAUUUCUCCCCUUGUACCGGGAACAGAGUUCUCACCUCCUGUAUGGAUGACUACAUAAGGGUAUAUGACACAUCUGCAAUGACGACUAAAUCUCCCUUGCUGACAUCCAUCAGACAUGACAUGCACACAGGCCGCUGGCUGACCAAACUCUCAGCAGUCUGGGACCCCAAACAGGAAGACUGCUUUGUGGUGGGGAGCAUGAUGAGGCCCCGGAGGGUUCAGGUGUUCCAUGAAAGCGGCCAGCUUGAGCAUACCUUCAUGGACAACGAGAACCUGAGCACGGUGCUGUCCGUCACUGCUUUCCACCCCACAAGGAACGCCUUGCUGGGCGGCAAUGCGUCCGGACGCCUGCACGUCUUUUCCAGCUAAACUAGGUGUGCUUUUGUUACCUGUUUACAAUGAUAACAUAGUGCCUUGUUUUCAUUCCCCUCUCUUUCUCCAAAGAUCUUCAAUACAUUGUCACAAUUGCAAGUCUCACACUUCAAGUAACAUUCCUACUGUGUUUUGAAAUAACAUUCAUAUCAAGUCAUUAGUCAUGUUUGUAGAGAUGUUGCACUUAAGAGUUACAGUAUAAACAUUCAUACGCUGUGAGGUAACGCACAAUCGGUAACAAGCUUCAGAAUUUUCUUUAUCCAUCAUCACAUUAAAACACAUUUAUUCCUUCUUUGGGUAGGUAGGAUCAGAGCGUAGGUGUAUUUUUCUGCCCACCUCUGAAAAUAGUUUGUACUCAUGUUUCGUAUUUACAAUAUUGCAUCAGUGUAUUCAGCCUAUAUUUCUCCAGUAGAUACCCUUUGAUGUCUAUGUCUGGGAGGUUCUUAGGUUCACUGUCAUAUUCUUCCUCAUUCUGGUAUUAUGUUGUGCACUAAGUUACUGAGACACGAUUGACUGAUUAGAUCUUUGCAUUAGUGACCAGGGGUACCUCAUAAAGUAACUGUACUGAGCCCUUACAGUCCUGAGUCUGCUGUAUGCGGAUAUGUUAGUAUCAGCUUGCACAAAAAGACAUUGCUCUCUUUUCCAUUUUAUGCGAUUUAAGCUCUGUCUUUUUACAGUGGUACUGAGUGAGCAGACCAUGCAAAUUCUCAGUUAAACUGACAUCUGGAUUUCAGGAUGAUCCUGUGUUUUUGAAGCCACGCUUGUGCAGAUUAGGGUUUGUUAUCUUGCUGGAAAUAAGUUUUCAUGCAGAUGGCAGCAGAUUUCCUCUGAGACUGCCAGUGUUUUCCCCCACUGCAUUCAUUUUACUGCCUCAACAUGUUGUCAGGGGAGCUGCAAAGAAGCACACACACACAGCAAAACGCAGCCACUGCCAGCCCUCAUGUUGUUUCGUCUCAUGUGCAGUGCCUGUACAGUGGCCAAAAACCUAAGCUCUGAUCCAGAUUUGGUAGAUUAAGAGAUGUACUUUAUUGGUUGCCCCUGCCUUACUUUACUCUGUGGGGCAUUCAGUGCCUUGAAAGCUUUGAUCUUGACUUUCCGUGAUUAGAACUUUCCAGUUAUCAGAUUUGUCCAUGUCUGAUAUAUUGUUGUUUGUUUUGCCUGGAUAGUGACCAACCAGUUAUUACUGGAUAUUUGACACAGAGGUGAAUUUAAUGUUAAAGAUAGAUAGUUUUAUGUGAUAUGUAUCAGCUACUUUGUUUUAUGUUUCACCAUCAGUUAGGUCAGUUCAAGAUGAGAAAUUUUCUUUCUGUUAAACUUAAGGAAAAGUCCUCAUUGAGUCUAUGUAGUUCCCAAAUGUCAUGUGGAACACAAUCAAUUUCUAGUUUCCUUUGUAUUGUUUGCUUGUGGCAGAGUGAAAGUGCCCAUUGUGAAGCUGUGCUCACUUUAAGUUCUGUAUUGUCUCUA